GCGGUGAGCCGCAUCAGCUCUGCCGCUGAGUAACGCGAAACAUCCGUAUGUCAACAGACAGCUGCCAGCGUUUAUGCCCGCGGUCCGGUUGGAUUAACUGUGGCGUCUGCUGCAGCUGAAGGAGGUAGAGUAGAGCUGGCAGAGCCACUGCAGCAGGAAGGUCAGGAGCCGAGGAUUGAGUCAGCGGAGGCAGGAGGCACAGGGACCCCGUCCGGACACCGGGACCCCGCCCGGCUGCGCUGGAGCUCACCGACGGUCACAGCUGUCAGCCAGAGAUCCCAAAGAGCGUGAUGAGGGAAGACCCAUCUGGUGAAGAGUGAAUGAAAGUAGGAUGAAGUAAAGGAAAAGACACAUGAAAGAAGAGAAAGACAAAGAAGGAGAGCAAAAAAUCCUACAGAGGAGAACCAAAGGAACCAAAGGGAGGAGAAAAGGGAGGGUGGGAAGAUGUGAAGAGCUCAAUGAGAGAGGGGAGCCGGAGUUGAGGAUAGAGAAAAUACAGGAGUUGUAAGAGGGAGGAAACACACAAAGUCCUGAAAGAGACGGACAGAGCUGAAAGAGAGGAGGCCACAAGGGACAAAGAAGCUGGGAGCUUCGGAGAGGUAGAAGGGGAAAGAGAGGGACUUGUUGAGGGAGGGAAGAAACAUCUGGAUGGUCUCCAAAGCGACGGCCAGCAGGUUACCCCCCCUCCGAAGAUGGCCUCCAACUUCAACGACAUCGUCAAGCAGGGCUACGUACGCAUGCGCAGCCGCAAGCUGGGGAUCUAUCGGCGUUGCUGGCUGGUGUUCAAGAAGUCAUCCAGCAAAGGACCUCGUCGUCUGGAGAAAUACCCUGAUGAGAAGUCUGCCUACAUCAGAGCAUUUCCUAAGGUGACAGAGAUUAGCAACGUCAAGAACAUCACACGGUUGCCUCGAGAUACCAAGCGACAGGCAGUGGCCAUUGUGUUCACAGAUGACACUUCACGCACCUUCACCUGUGAAUCAGAGCUGGAAGCAGAGGACUGGUUUAAAACGCUGUCAAUAGAGUGUCUUGGCACACGGCUCAAUGACAUCAGUAUGGGAGAGCCUGACCUCCUGGCAGCAGGAGUGCAGUGUGAACACACAGAACGCUUCAAUGUGUUCCUCCUCCCCUGUCCCAACCUGGAUAUCUAUGGGGAGUGCAUGAUGCAGAUCACCCAUGAAAACAUUUACCUGUGGGACAUCCACAACCCUCGCACCAAGCUGGUCACCUGGCCACUGUGCUCCCUGCGGCGAUACGGACGGGACGCGACACGCUUUACCUUCGAGGCCGGGAGGAUGUGUGAUAGUGGUGAAGGCCUUUACACGUUCCAGACCAGAGAGGGAGAGCAGAUCUACCAGAGGGUGCACUCCUCUACACUGGCUAUCGCAGAGCAGCACAAAAAAGUCCUGCUAGAGAUGGAGAAAAACAGCAGGUUGAUGUCUAUGGGUUCAGAACCGGGCUCCUACCCCUGCACCCCCACCGCCAUCCUGCCCCGAUCUGUCUACUGGCACCACAUCACUGGAAACAACAUGGAUCCUGGCAGCGGUGACGCUGCAGAGGACGACCUGCUGUCCACCCGCCUGCCUCCUGACCGUCAUGCCACACUGCCCCUGGAAAACACACAUGCACAGUCCCAGCCUCACAUACACACACACACCCCGACACAUUACCCCACCUACCCAGGACAGUGACACAAAUACAGAAGGAGAUGUGGACAUUGAAGAAGAUGCAAACACAUACAUGCAUGCAGGCACACACAACUGACACACUGAAAGAAACACACACUGGCCCUCCUUUUAUUAGUUUGACAGCCCAACGUUACACCUCACAGGAGAAUGUUGUGGUGGGACUAACAGCAGGAAGGGAAAACUGAAUUCAGAAAAACUCUGCAAGGAGAUUGAGCUUCCUUACAUGACUGCAGGUCCUACAAUUCCACAGUAGACGGGGGAUACUUGACGUUUUUCCACACUCAGGAUGAGAAACUCUGGCAAAUUGGCAUUUGUUGCUUGAAGUUUAAAUAAGCACUGAUUUGUGCUGAUUUGAUCAGUAUGAUUUAAACCACAUAGGUUGUAUGAUAUGUUUUCCAAUGAGGUGUCAGUGUUUCCAUCUGUUUUGAAUGACCACGCUUGAAGGGAUUUUUUUCUUCAGCUUAAUGAAAGUUAAUGCAACACCAUGAAUAACUGCAAGGAAAAACUGUCAAAAAAUUUGCAAGGUUAUCAUAUUUUGUAUGAUUCACUGCGUCAAGAUUUGAAGACACCCAUUUUCUGAUGUGGCCAUUUGAAACAAGUAUAAACACCUACGUGUUUGAUGACACCUCACAGAACCUAGGUUAAGCCUUUCACAGACAAACAUAACUUGUUACCAAGCAACUGAGAUAGAUUAGUAGAUUUCCGUGAGGAAUCUGUGAAAUGCCAAAUUUUGGUCCAAUGAUUUUUAAUACAAUAUGUAUACAGUAGGACUAGACAUACUGGAUGUGAUGUUGUUCUCACCCCAAGAGUGACAUCAUUUCCAAAUGGCUGCCAUGGGAUUAACGUCAAUGAGGCCCAGUAUGUUACAUUGAAUACUGUGUGGAGCGGGGCUGCAUGGUGCCUUAAUAGCACCAUAUGGACUGUGCUAUCAUUGGAAAUACACUGACAUCUAGGAUUCCCUUGUGGAAAGUUCCCAGUAUACCAGUGCCAGCUGACACACUUGAUAUUUUCACUGUUCGUACUCGUCUGGAUCAAUGCCUUUGAUUUUGCUGAUAACUCAUGUGACUUUGCAGUUGCUGGAUCUGUUUGCUGUGCUGAGGUUCUGAACCAUUCAAUGAAACUGUGAUUGGAUUCAUUUUUAUGGAUUGGCUCCUGUACUCAGCUGGAUAUUCACCAUCAGAGCUUCAGACUUUCUGGGAUGUAUCCUAUUACAUCUGCUAGAAGCCACAUGCUUUUAUUGAGCUAUAUUUGCACAACCCUUUUAUUUCCUUAGGUCUUAGUUAAUUAAAUAGCCACUAAUAUUGUAGAGGUCAAUAGAUAGGCAUUUUGAAACCCCAAAGUGAUGAUACAUUUGGAAUGAACCUGCCAAUAACUGAUAUUCAGUGUCUUUACAUAUGACCUUUUGAAUGCCAGAUAUUACAUUUUCCCAAAUAUUUAAUUAUUACUAGAGCAACAAAACCCUAAAUGCUGAAAUGGGAAACUCUCAAAAAACUAGAGACAUGUUUAAACAUCGGAGUUCAGACUCUCGAAAGGGCAGGGGUGGAAAUAAUACAAGUUCAUCUCUUCCUCCCACAAGGUUAGAGUUCAUUCUGCCCAAAGGUCACACUGAAGGGGUGUAUGGGGUGCUGGGUCUGCCUACAGGGGCACUCAAGGUAACUCAUUUUGCCUGCAUGAUAUGUGACAUCAGAUCAAAAAUGAAGCAUGGAAUUGUCCCAAUAGGCUCCAGACACACUGUGGGUAAACUAGAAGGGCACUCAGAGAGCCCAGGAAUCUGCAAUGGCCAUUCCCUAUCUGGAAAUGAUAAAUUAAUCCACUUCAAAAUAGAAUGGGUUCUUCCUCGACCCAUGCUAUCCCCUUUCACUAAGUUUCAUAAAAAAUAUGGCCAUUAGUUUUCUCUGUGAUCCUGCUGACAAACAGACAAACAAACUAAACUAAACAUAUGCUCUACUUGAGUCACACCAGAGCAGUGCUUGAGCAUAUGACAAGAUUUUUUUGCCAACCAGAAGGGCACUUGGACCGACCACAGGGGCACACGACUACCCCCCUAUGAUGUGAAAACAAGUAAAAGAGGAACCAUGGAAGAUGUAUCAGUGAAACCAGCAGACAGAUAGUGUCAUAGUUUCAAACCUUUUUGUUGCUUUUAUUUCAGUCAAACUAGUCAGACAAAUGGUCUUAAUUCAACAUUAUUUCAACUUUCUAUUUAUCAUCAUACUGUUGUAAGAUUAAUUUGAUCUGUGGACUGAUCAACAGUCCUCAAAAGAAGGCAGAUGGAGCAAGAAACACAAGAAGUUAAUGAUCAGACGAAACAACCUAUCUAACUGUGGCCUAUCUCCACAGUGCUGUGUCAGUGCUUCAACUAUUAUCACUCUGCUACAGGGGAAAAAUACUCAUGUUUACGCAUGUUUGUAUUUUAUUUCACCAGUCAAAAUCAUCUUGGCCAGUGCUAAGUCUAGGACGAAGUGAUGACGCCUCUGCAAAAUAAAUAGUAAAUGCAAGCAUGUUCUUUUGCUUUGCUGCCAUGUUCCAUCGACUAAUAGAUUAAUAUGAUUAACUUUUAAACAUUCCCAACAGUAUGUAAAUAAGACCCAAGUUGGAAGAAACCAAAAUUCCCCUUCAAUAAUGUCCACAUUCACAAAAUGCGUAGCAUUAUUAGCAUCUUAGAGGGUCCAAGUCUUCCCAUAAAUGCAGGAUUGAUCAACUCUAUUACUGUCAAAGUGUAUCAUAAUUAGGAGAGGACACUGAACCAGAUCUAAGCCUUGUAUGGGUGACACAUAUCUGCCUACGUUUUCUUAUGGCAUUCCAGCAUGAAUGAUUCCUAGGGUCAUUAUUCUCAGUCUUACCAUCAUAAUCUUAAAGUUCCCUCCUACCUACCCCGCUUACCCCAAAGCUAACUACGUACACUACUGAACACGUAAGGAGGCUGUCAAAGGAGAAAGACAUGAAAAGAAGAUCCUGUUGUCUUUCAUCCCGGCAGCUUGUUUGUUCCAUUCUGCCUUUGCCUUUUAUUACACAUUUUCCGUCACAAACUGUUUAUCUGUAGGGUGGGAAGAAGGAGAUUAGCAUGCCCGGAAGGAAGUGCCAAAACAGGAAAGGUUGGAUCGUGUCUUUUUUUUAACUGUGGGCUCAUGUGGGAGAUAUCCUUUGAUUGCUGCCUUUUGAAUCUGUCUAAGGAUUAAGACUGCUAAUAUGACAGUGAAGAUGUGACGUCUGGGAACACACCCACCACCUUGACACCAUAGUGAAAUGCCUCUUAUCUGGAUUGUCUAGAUCUGAAUUAGCUUGAUUAAUGCUGGAAUCCUCAUACAACUUAUUGAUAAGGUUUUUGUUUUGUUUUUAUGUCAUUUAUACAUGACAGGGCUAAGCAUUUUGUUGGUCGUUUACAUGAUGUAAGUUGUGUAUUGUGUGUAGAUGUGUUACGUGUACUUACAUACUGUAUAACUUGAGUUUUGUACAUAUUGCUAUUUAUUUCAUAUUGAAUGUCUGUGUGUGUGUGUGUGUGUGUGUGUGUGUGUGUGUGUGUGAUAGAGAGAGAGAGAGAGAGAGAGAGAGAGAGAGAGAGAGAGAGAGAGAAAUGAGGGAUUAUGGAAACAUGUUCAUGUGUUCAUUUAAAAUGCAGACACUACUUUUUUGUACUUUAUAAUGUUGACCAAGCAGAUGGUAGCUGGUCCACACUUUGUCAGCGUGUCUCUUCACACAUAAAUCUGCACCUGAGUGAACAACAAGAGCAUACUUACCAAUCUGUCUUCUGCACUGUCCCCUCUCCCAGCAUGCAUCUUUUUGGCCUUAGAUAUUCACAUGCCAUGCUGCUGUUUUUGUUUGUUUGUUUGUUUGUUUGUUUGUUUGUUUGUUUGUUUGUUUUGUAAACAAACUGUAGCACACAGAGAGGUGUUUCAUAAAGAAUGCUCAGAAAAGGGCUUAAUGAAAAAAGCCUGGCUUGAAUGAGCUCAACCAACUGAACCAGGAUUAAGCUGUUUCAUGAAGCCAACUUUAAGUAUGCACUGCAGCUGCACCUACAGUGUUGCAUGCAGUAUGCAUACAAUUGGGACAUAUCACUUUCUAAAAAGAUUGCAUCCUGAAAUUUGACCCUCUUGCUCAAUCGUCACAGCAUAUAUCAUUGUGCGGUCACAGAGACAGUGAAGAAGUUUCCUGUUUCUGUGUCUAGUGGGUGUCGCAGCAUUCCUGAGUCUGUUCACUUCAUUUGGAGAAGUGAACAUGAGCAUAGAUUAUGACCACUGAAGUAAAUAAUUGACUCAGUUUUCACAAGUCACAUAUAUUCUGAACAUUCUGACACUGAAAUGGCAUUUUUCACACAAAUCAGGAGGAAAUUAACUUGGAUUACAACCAGUAUCUGUCUCAGCAACACAUUCUUAUAAGAUCUGGCAGCACUGUGGCAACAUUUUAAGAUAAAGUAAACUAAAGUUUGCAAACCCCUAGCCAUCAAUAUUUCGUAAAUAUGUUGGUUAGCUGUGUAAAUAUAUAAUAUUAACAAAACAGUUUAUAAAUAAUCUAUGCUAAAUGUUGCAGUGCUUUUAAACAAGGUGAGGGAACAAGGGGGACAGAAGACUGGAUUUAGGAGACAGGAAGUGUAUACUGGUUCAUGCCAUUGGUGCAGAUUAUAAUGCAUCAUCUCUUGUUAUAGAGCAUAUUUGGCUGUCAUCUCUCUGUACUCGCUCAUGGCUCUGAUAAUGUGAAGUUAUCUUCCGCUGUGCAGAGGAUUGUGGGUCAGUAUAGCCAGAAAAGCAUGCUGGCUUGCAGACUUCAAAGUGCGACCAUAUGCAAUAGGACAUCCUGGUAUUUUUGACAUACUGCACUUGACAUUGGUUACUAUGUAUUGGGACACGCUAAAUCUUUUUCUGGAAGACUAAACUGUAUGUAGUAUGUGUAUUUGAAUGCGGCCAAAGUCAAGUCUGAAUUAAGAACAGCUUGUUUAUUAUUUUAAAACAUAGAUCUAAAAAUUCAAGCACAGAUUACUUCAAUAAAGGAAACGUACAUGAAGACAAAACUGAGAUGUUCACAGCACGGUUGAAAUGAAUAAUAUUAGAAAGGAUAGUUCUGUUUAUAUUAACAUUACUUGGUUUGUCCCAGUAACAUAAAUAGCCUUUGUUGGGUUCAAACUUUAAAACUUCAGACUGGUUGCCUGUUGCCAGUGUUUUUGAUAGUAGUAUUUCUGGUACCAUUUUAUUUAUAUUUAGAUUACAUUUCACUGAAGCUACAGCUGUGGGUCAAACACAUUACUUCAUUUAAUAUAAUUCCUCCAAUGGCUGAAAGCAAAAUGAGACUUGAGUCGAAGAUUAGGAGCACACUAACUGCCUAAAUUAUAACACUACAAACAUGAACGUCUCUAUCACACUAAUGUCAACUUUUAAGGCGAGACACUGCAGGUGAAAAAAAAGGUGAUAUAACAUUUGAACUGAUAUUAACUUCCCCAGUUGAUUACUUUUUAUUAAGGUCAUUGUUUUUUUGUAUAUAAGUAUACACACAUACAAAUGAUUGGUAAAGACAAAACAAACAAAGUGUAGUUAAAUAAAAAGUUAAAUGUGUAUUUUAGAAGUUUUCUUAAAAAUCGCAAAAUUGAUCAUUGCAGGAAAAAUGUUUUUUUCCCAAACACAAACAUCAUUCGGCUAGUGGCACUAGAGAGGAUCACCAAAGUUAUGAGAAUACAUCACCUGGAAAACUAUUGAAGUCUGUACUAAAUUUUGUGCCGAGAUUUUGAGAUAUUUUAUAGAUUGACAGAUUUGAGUAGAUGACGAGUCAGAGGAUCACCAAAAUCAUGAGGAUUCAUCAUCAUAAAUGUCUGUAAAACAAUUUCACUGCAAUCCAUCAAACAUUUGUUGAGGUAUAUCAGUCUGGACCAAAGUUUUGGACUGACAUAACCUUUUCAAUGAAACAAACUUUCCUGGAAACAAGCCUGAUUUACUGUUGAUGUUGCUUUGUAAAACACCCCUCUGGUUAUAUAAGUGGCACAGCAAUGUGCUAAGUGGAAGAGGUGACGGAUGGAAAUGGCUGGGGAACAGGAUGGAAACUAAGAGUGCAGACAGUUUUCCUCCAGCAUGGUUAAAGUCACUGUUUGUGAUCGUAGUGUUAUCACACUGACAGUGUCAGCUCUGACCCCCCUUAGCUAUGUUACAGAUGACAACAUGUUGUUUUCACCCAUUUACACUGUCCACACCAAGUGCAUGUUUUGUAGAAAAUAAAGUCCAUUACUUAAAGGUGUAGCUUUGAAUGUGACUUUAAUGCUUUGCCUUUUCUUUUUAAAAUCUGUCCCAUGUAAAAUAUUCAACAUGAUGCUUCAACUGAUUUGGGUGUAGCAUUAAAGUCCCAGUACAGAUCAUGGUCAUGUAAAAGCUGGUAAGUUUACAAUGAAUGAAUAAAUGAAAUAUGUUGCCUGUAGUGACAGACCCACAGAGAAUUCAAACUCACUUUGCUGUUCCCCUCAGCCAUGCCAAACAUUUGGUGUCUUUUAACUCAUUGUUUCCAUUUUACAGCGCAUAACUUUAUUGUUUUCAGUCUCACUGCUCUCAUCAACCGGCAGCAGCAGGCAGCUGUUUUCAGUGAAAAGGCUCUAAUAAACCACUGUACACUAGCAGACAUACAGUUAGAGAGCUGAUGACAAAGUGGAGCAUUUAGCAGCAAACAUACAGAACAUUUUCUCAGUUGGUAGAGAAUAAAAACAGAGGUAAAAGCAGGGAGUAUAUAAGAAUUAAAUUAAAAAAGUAAGGAUGGAUUACUGAAAAAGUCUAUCGGGCACAGGCCCAGGGGCCCAAAGUAAAAACUGCUGUGAAAACAACAAAAAGAGGCCAAACAACCAUAAAGUCUGCAUUUUGAUCCUAUGUAUGAGAGGUGGUGUGGCCUUAUGCGUGUCAGCACCCUGGGGCCCAUUGUCUCAUAAGACCAGAAACAUGACUCCAAAUGAAUGCAUCAACAAUAAAACACCAUUGAAAGUAUGUAGGAGGUAUGUAAGUUUGAUGUAAAGUUAACAAACUGCUACUUGAAAUGAAGGUAGUUUCUUUCUGAAAGAUAUGUUAAAUUGAAAUAUAUAUUACACCAUACCCCUGACUGUUUGUUACAUUUAGCAAGAUGACAACAAAGAACCAGAGACUUCUCAGAGGCAUUUUAAGGAA